AUUCGUCCGAUCGCAGUCGAUCUGUUCAGUUGGCGGAAAUCCCUAACGGGCGCGGGUUUUUGCAAAAUAAUAAUAAUAAUUGAUCAUUGUAAGUGUUUUCGGCUAUCCUGUGCGUUCGUCUUUCGAUCGGAAAUUCGCUCCGUUUUUGGAGUUUCGAAAUUGAUAAAGGCGCGGAGAACGUGACGUUUUUUUUUUGCUUCAGUUGAGGUUACCUGUCCAGUAGGAGGCCAGCUCUCCAACUCUAGGGACUAUAUAAUUAGUAUAUUACUGCAGUUAUAGGCAGUCAGUGCAUAUUAGUUCGGAACAAGCCGGUACGUGAUUGGAUUUGCGAUCGCAAAUUACUGACAUUGAGGUUGGCCGACCGAAGGCUAGCAGAGCCGACCGACGGGAGAACCAAGUCCGGAGAGAUUUAUAGCCCGCGCGCGUGUUUUAUUUUCUGAAGUGCAGGGCUGAUGUAAUUCCGAGAUUAAACAAUGUGCCCUAAUUAACGGACGGGUGAUUUCGAAGAUACCUGCUUACAGUGAUUGAUCUGUGAAGAAGUUGUUUGUGAUAGUUCCCAAAGUGUAAAAUCUGCUACUGGUGACUCCGUUUUAGACGGAUAGUGAGUCAAUUGUAGUAAAGUUGGUGUGAAUUUAUGUCUUCAGGAACGGCAGGAACCGAUAACGGAGGGCCCGAACUUCGUUACGUGAAUAAAACGGAUGACGCAGCUCUACUUCUGGAGGAUCAACAACUAUUGCGGUUUCACUACUGGCUUCUCUAAUGGCGCACAAAACCGAUGACACGUUUAUGGUCGUCAGCAUUUGUCUGGCCGCCGGAAUAGUCAGUUUCGCAGUCGUCUACUUCGUAAGAAAGUACUUCCAAGGUGGUCAGUUCAAGAACAAAGACAUACGAUUGGAUGCCAAGGUUGUCAUAAUUACCGGUGCAAACUCCGGGAUCGGAAAAGAAACUGCCCUCGAAUGCGCCAAACGGGGAGCCCGAGUGUACAUGGGCUGUCGAGAUGUGAACCGAAUGGAGAAGGCCCGCCAGGAAAUUCUCGACAAAUCGGGCAGUCAGAAUGUUUUCGGUCUCGAGCUGGACCUUGCAUCGCUCGAAUCUAUCCGGAAGUUUGUUCGAACAUUCUUGACCAUGGAGCGAAGGUUGCACGUGUUGAUUAACAACGCCGGAGUGAUGGCAUGUCCCAAGGGUUACACCAAGGAAGGGUUCGAGCUUCACUUUGGUACGAACCACUUGGGACAUUUCUACCUGACUAACUUGCUGCUAGAUCUGUUGAAAAAGACAGCUCCCAGCAGAGUUGUGACAGUGUCCAGCGUUGCGCAUCGGCUGGGGCGCAUCAACAGGGAUGACAUUAACAGUGAAAGAGAUUACCGAGAGUGGGAUGCGUACAUGCAGAGUAAGCUGUGCAAUGUUCUUUUCUCGAGGCAUCUGGCCCGCAAGUUACGGGGAACUGGCGUCAAUACGUACUGUUUGAGUCCGGGAACAAUCAACUCCGAACUGACGAGGAAUCUUAGUCGGUGCAUGAAAAUUGCAGCAAAACCGAUACUGUGGGUUUUCUUCAAAUCGUCGAAAUCGGGUGCGCAGACGUCACUGUUCUGCGCCAUGGAACCCUCGAUCGCGGGACACACGGGGAAGUACUACACCGACUGUAGACUCAAAGAUCUAGAUCCACACGCGAAGGAUGACGCGAUGGGCGAGUGGCUUUGGAAGAUUAGUGAAAAAAUGACCGGACUGAAUCAUCGAUAACCGUUAGCUACGGAUUUGCUCACCGGCAGAUAGAUACGAAACAUAACCUAAAAAACAAGUCAAUCGCAGAGUAAGCCUCCCGCUGUGCUGGGAAAGAAUGAAUGGAUUAGCGAUGCGUAGAUCAAGUGUCUACUAGCGUUAAGUGAAUGAAAGUUGAUGAAUAAAAUAUGAAUAAUCUCUUAA